UCCCUUUCAUCUCUGGGAAGUACUGGAUACUGAAUUGCGUGCCAAUUUUUGAAAAUGGAGGAUACUCCAACAAAUCGAAGGAAAAGGAGUGUUAAAGAAAAAUCGACAUUGCCUCUCGUUUCUCGAGCUGGGAUAAAUCAGCUAACUUUCAGAAUAUUGCUUACUGGCCCAGAAAACGUCAUACCAGCUCUUGCCAGACAAAUGAAAAAAUGCAUCAUUGAAACACAUAACAUUAAAGAUGUUAUGAUUCAUUACUCAGUUUCACUUAACAAAGAGAUUGCUCUGAAUUUACGCGAUACAGGUUUGCAUGGCAUUGUUUUUUGUGCAGAUGCUUCAAAAUCAACAACCAUACCAAGUAUCCAGGAAACACUUAAAUAUUUGGAUUUUGACUUAAUAUCGACUUCAUUAUUUAUUCUCAACCUUGUUCAACCAUCUCUAUCUGUGUUUUCUUCUGUGGCUGAUUGGAUUGAAAAGCUUUCAAUUGCAUAUAACACUCCUGUCAUAAAUAUUGUUUAUGAACAUGAAGAAAGUGUGAACUUUGGAAUUGACCGUGUUUGUACAGCAGCCUUGCGUAGAGCCAGAUUCAUAUAUGGCUAUGAACAUCCAAAUUUAAAUGAAGUAAAUUUUCUUCAGCUUUGUGAUUCUUCUAACUGAUUUUGUGUGUACCAUAAUAAGUUUUA